AAGGGGGUGUUAAUGGGGCGGGGACCCCCCCUUCGGAGCCAGAGGCAGGGACAAAGGCGGGGAGGGCGAAGGGAGGCGGCGCCGGGGCGGCCGGAGGGCGGCGUGGGGAGCGGAGCGGGGCGCGGAGCGGGGCCGGGCGGCGGCAGCACCUUGCAGCGGGCAGGAGUAACCUUGUUCGUCUCCUGUCGAUCUUUGCUUUCCCUGGCCGCUGUCAAGACUGAUGAGAGAUGGAGUCCUAAAACAUCUGCGAUCCUGAAGAUGCCGGGCACAUGCAGAUGAGCAGUAGGGAGUAACAGCCUCUACAUCUGAAGAUGUCCAACAAUGGAGUUGAAACAGAAGACAAACCGCCUGCUCCUCCGAUGAGAAACACCAGCACCAUGAUUGGAUCAGGAAGCAAAGACGCUGGGACUUUAAACCAUGGCUCAAAACCUUUGCCUCCCAACCCAGAAGAAAAGAAAAAGAGGGACCGAUUUUACCGAUCUAUUUUACCAGGAGAUAAAACCAAUAAAAAGAAAGAGAAAGAACGGCCAGAGAUCUCCCUCCCUUCCGACUUCGAACACACAAUUCAUGUGGGGUUUGAUGCAGUCACGGGAGAAUUCACAGGAAUGCCGGAGCAAUGGGCGCGCUUACUGCAGACUUCCAACAUCACCAAGCUGGAGCAGAAGAAGAACCCCCAGGCGGUGCUGGACGUGCUGGAGUUUUACAACUCCAAGAAGACCUCUAGCAGCCAGAAGUACAUGAGUUUCACAGAUAAAUUGGCGGAGGAUUACAAUUCAUCAAAUACGCUGAAUGUAAAAGCAGUGUCUGAGACCCCUGCAGUGCCCUCAGUGUCUGAAGAUGAAGAUGAUGAAGAUGAUGCAGCUCCACCCCCUGUGAUAGCUCCACGACCUGAACACACAAAAUCCAUAUACACCCGCUCUGUGAUAGACCCUCUUCCUCCUCCUACCAGAGAUGCGGCCACUUCUCCUAUUCCUUCGCCCUCAGAAAACAGCACAACAGCACCCGACUUGCUGGUCAGGAACACAGAGAAGCAAAAGAAAAAGCCAAAAAUGUCAGAUGAAGAGAUCCUGGAAAAAUUAAGAAGUAUCGUGAGCGUCGGCGAUCCAAAAAAGAAGUACACACGCUUUGAGAAGAUCGGGCAAGGAGCCUCAGGUACAGUUUACACAGCAAUGGAUGUAGCUACAGGACAGGAGGUUGCAAUCAAACAGAUGAAUUUGCAGCAGCAGCCCAAAAAAGAACUGAUUAUCAAUGAAAUCCUGGUAAUGAGGGAAAACAAAAACCCCAACAUCGUCAACUACUUGGACAGCUACCUUGUAGGAGAAGAGCUCUGGGUCGUCAUGGAGUACUUGGCAGGAGGCUCCCUAACAGAUGUUGUGACAGAGACCUGCAUGGACGAAGGACAAAUCGCAGCUGUGUGCCGAGAGUGUCUCCAGGCUCUGGAAUUCCUCCACUCGAACCAAGUUAUUCACAGAGACAUCAAGAGUGACAACAUCCUGCUGGGAAUGGACGGCUCUGUCAAACUAACUGACUUUGGCUUCUGUGCCCAGAUCACUCCUGAGCAGAGCAAGCGCAGCACCAUGGUGGGGACCCCGUACUGGAUGGCGCCUGAAGUGGUGACACGGAAAGCCUACGGGCCCAAAGUGGAUGUCUGGUCGCUGGGGAUAAUGGCCAUCGAGAUGAUCGAAGGAGAACCCCCCUACCUCAACGAGAACCCCCUGAGAGCCCUGUAUCUCAUUGCCACUAACGGGACUCCAGAACUGCAGAACCCAGAAAAGCUUUCACCCAUAUUCCGAGACUUCCUAAAUCGCUGUCUUGAAAUGGACGUGGAAAAAAGAGGUUCUGCAAAAGAGCUGCUACAACACCAGUUCCUGAAAAUUGCAAAGCCUCUUUCUAGUCUCACUCCUCUGAUUAUUGCUGCUAAAGAAGCAGCAAAGAACAACCAUUAAAGCGGGGGAGUCAGCACAGCCGUCGUGUCAAGCCUUGUAGACGUUCCUUUCAGAAACCAAAUUACCUGUCCCUGUCCCCUCCUUCACGGGGGUGUUCUUAAAACUCUGAUCUGCCCUGAAGGGUAGCCGAUGUGUUGUUUGCUGAACGUGGGAGGGCACGCAACAGGAACGUCGCUGACCUUGCGUAGUGAAAUGUCUUUCCCUCCGCCUCGAUGGGCACGGUAGGGGAAGGGUAUAUUUUAUGGCUGGGAAGAUCUGAGAACAUCUGAACCUGACCUACACGUAGCAAAGAAAGUGGUUCUCGUGUUUCUUACUGUGUUUAUUUUUAAAGAUUAUGCAGACCGCGUUUAUCUUAAUAAAUUCAAUCUUUUGCCGGCUGGACUCCUCCUGCUUCUGCCAAGCUGCUCUUACAGCAUGGAGGCUGCUCUCUGCUUUGGAUGACUCGAGGAGGGAAGGAAGCAGGCAGCAGCAAUCAGAACAGCUAAAACAACUGGAAGGGGAACGAGGGCAGGCCCAUGCAGCCCUCCUGCAGCACUGCUGGAUGCUUCAGUGGAGCAAGGAGCAAGCCUGUGUGUGCUUCUUGCAGCUGUUGGACAGCUCAGGAUCUUUUUGCCAAAUUGUGUGAAUCAAGGUCCUUCCCCGCACACUUUAUUUUCAACUCAACUAAUUAAACAGCUUGCAGAUAGUUCUGAUACUCUAGAAAAAUCACAGGAAAAAUCAUCUGGGAUUUCUUUUGGGGUUAUUUUGUUAGUGCUGUCGGGCUUCGUGGAGACCUGCCCUGUACGCUAAAGCAAACAGAACAAUUACUGUUAUAACGAUAAGAUUUGCCUGCAGGAUGAUGUUGAAAACUCUUGCUUCUUAGACCAAGGCCAACAGAAAACAAACUGAUCGUGGACAGUGUUUCCUCGGAAGCACAGGGGCAUUCCUUUUUUUUUUUUUGAAACGAGCGAGUGAACUGGUAUCUUUAUGCUGCUGACUGCUGAUGAUCCGUAACACAACAGCAAGCCCAGAACUACUGGAGAGAUCGGUUGUAAACACUGGCGUGAUGUUGAACUGUGUACUGAUUUUUAAUAAAACGACUGCUGCAUUUCUGAACUCGGGGCUGGGGGGGGGUGGGGGUGGGAGAAUUCACUGUCACCAGACAGCUCUGUCGGACGGGAUUGGUUUUCAUGUUACCAUCCCUGGGUGCUUACAAGUGAUGCAUUAAGUGAUACAAGCUUCUGUAGUCCUGUGGGAUAGCGAGUGGCUCUGAAGAGAAGUAACUACAUCCAGGGGGAAUGGAUAAAAGAUCUUGCUUUCUCUGUA